CACGACUUCAGGUACAUACGCAUCGAUUAUCAAGUCCAUUAAGCAAUCGUCAUCAUAUUUGCCAAAUCCAGCCAUGGCCAACGCUUCUCUGAAUGCUCUCGCCAAAAGGUUCAAAGCUUUACAUACUCCUCAUCACCCUCUAGUAUUUGCAAACAUCUAUGAUGCAGUUUCUGCACGGGCUGUAGCAUCCCUGCCCAACGCAAAGGCCCUUGCUACAGCCAGCUAUGCGGUUGCGGAAGCAGCAGGUCUUCAGGAUGACACUUUAACGCGGGCUGCUAAUGUGAUCUCUGCUAAAAAUAUUGCUUCGGCAAUUAAAGAAUUCGGAAAGCCACUAUCCCUCAUUCGAGCUGGUGUUGUUGGCAUUAACCUAGAGGACUAUAAUGGAAACACAAAGACACUAUAUAGCAUCUCCGAUGCAACCGAUCGGAUCAAGAGAGCUCUGAGCACGGCUAAUGCACUGGGAGUGCCUGAUUUUGUCGUCAACGCCCGGUGUGACACACUCAUUCAAGGAGGUGGUCUCGAGGAAGUCAUUGAGAGAGGUCGUGCGUAUCUUGCCGCUGGUGCUACUACUGUAUUUGUAUGGGGUGCCAGCCGAGGUGUCUCACGCAGCGAAGUUGUUGAGUUAGUCAAAGCCUUUGAUGGACGACUGAAUGUCCUGCUAAAUCUUUCCGGCGGUCUAACGGUGAAAGAAUUGGCGGAUAUUGGAGUUGCGCGAAUUAGCAUCGGGCCUACUCUGCAGAUUGGAGCUAUGACAAAGCUAAAGAAGGACGCUGAAGCCAUCUUAGCAAUGUAA